UCCUGCUCCUCCUCCAUUUUUCACUUCCUUCUCCGCAGUUGCAGCUCCCGCCGCCCGAGCCGACUGCGGAGAUGAAGACGAUCCUGUCGUCGGAGACGAUGGACAUCCCCGACGGGGUGAGCAUCAAGAUCAACGCCAAGGUCAUCGAGGUGGAGGGCCCCCGGGGCAAGCUCACCCGCAACUUCAAGCACCUCAACCUCGACUUCCAGCUCAUCCGGGACGAGGCCACCGGCGGCCGGAAGCUCCGCAUCGAGGCCUGGUUCGGCACCCGCAAGACCUCCGCCGCCAUCCGCACCGCCCUCAGCCACGUCGAGAACCUCAUCACCGGCGUCACCAAGGGGUACCGCUACAAGAUGCGCUUCGUCUACGCCCACUUCCCCAUCAACGCCAGCAUCACCAAUGCCAGCAAGUCCAUCGAGAUCCGCAACUUCCUCGGCGAGAAGAAGGUGAGGAAGGUUGAUAUGCUUGAGGGAGUGAGCGUUCUUCGUUCUGAGAAGGUCAAGGAUGAGCUCGUUCUGGAUGGAAAUGAUAUUGAACUUGUUUCACGAUCGUGUGCCCUGAUAAAUCAGAAAUGCCAUGUCAAGAACAAAGAUAUCCGGAAGUUCCUUGAUGGUAUCUAUGUUAGUGAGAAGGGAACAAUUCUUGAGGGGGAAUGAUUGGUGGAGGCCUUGCAUGUUAUACUGUUUCAAGGUUUUGUUGAUCUUGUUUCAAGCAGUUGUUAAAAUUGGCUUUUUUGUAGUAUGGGUAGUUAAACAUUUCCAGGUCUAAAUUUAUUUACUCUUUUGCUUUUGUCCUUCUUUUGGACUCGUGGUCAGCAACUCGGCAAAGGGAAACCACAUCUUUAUCGGAUUGAAAUUGAUUAUUUGAGCGCGUUAUCCUCUAUAUAACCACUGAAAAAAUGAUGACCAGUUGAUUCAA